AGACUUCAAUCUAGAUUCUAUACAGUUUCAAAACUCACGGUGCUCCAUAUUCCAUAGUAGACUCUGGAGCGGUUCCACUGAUCCUUGGACCACCAGUUGGCCAGGAAGAUGGAUAUCAAAGGCUGGACACACCCCAAACACAAAUACGUGGCCGGUAUUGGUCUUCUCGUAUGCUCCAUAGUCACAGCUCUAGACAUGUUGAAUGUUUUCUACUUUCCCUGGUUCGUUAACAAGAGAACGAAAGGAGUUUCGGAUGCUGACAAAAGUGGCUACACGUUUUUCUCGAAUUCCGUAGAUUGUUCUAAUGACGUGUGUGAGAGAAAGCAGUCGAUUGCAGAUUGGCAGCAGGUGACAUUUUAUCUUCUGCUAGUAGGUGUAGGAAGUAGCGGCUUGUCGCUUGCUGUACAACUUGUUCUUUUCUGGCCUCUGGUACUCACCGGGCGGGUCUACAAUAUAACUCUAAAACUGUCCAGAUUUUCGGAUUUCUACGGAUCUCCUUUAAAGUUUGCUGCGGCAAUGAUCUAUAUUUCUCACUCCGGAAAAAUCAAUUAUAACUACUCUUGGUCUAAAGGCAAUCCAGCAAUACUUCAGCUCGAGCCGUUCGUCAUUGGUCUCUUGCUAAUGUCCUACAUCCUGCAAGUCCUGGUCUACGUGGCGCUGACCGUUGCAGUGGACGUGGGUCCUCGUGGCGGCCCGACCUAUCUUGACCUCAUUGAAGAAGAACAGAGGGAGUUGAAAGACCUGGAAGUAGAUCAGUCAGUAGCAUCGACACGAACCAGUACAUACGCUCCCGACACUCAUGGUGACCACGCCAGAAUUCUGGACACAGUGAAAUAUAGUUCUGAACAGGAUUCGUAUGGCACUGUGGUUUAGGUAGCCCACUUGUACCUGCAAUCAGAUGAAUGCAUUAGACUUACCUGUGUAAUUACUUUAAAAACAAAAACCAACAGAACGUUUAUUAAAACCGAUGGUUAGAAGCUUGGACUAGCUGUCGUUAGAGCCGUGUUUAGAUAUUAUAGCCUUGCACACUUCUUCGAUCGACCUGUUUACGUUUUAAUUUAUGAUGCUUAUAGAAUAACGUGUUAGAAAUCGUUGCUUGUUCCAUUGAAAGCCCAAGCCAUUAUUGAAUUAAAGGUAACUGUACUAUCAGACGUUUUUCGAGAGAUCUUCCUUUCAUAUUAAGCAGGUGGUUCGACAAGCAACUCCGCGUCAAAAGAGAAGUGUGUGUGUGUUAACCCUUGGCUAAUUAUGAUGCAAAUAUCCAUUUUAUUCUAUUAUUUAUUAUAAAUAGACCUAAUAUUACCUAUCGCAUCCUUCUUGACAUCAAAACAUGCCCUAAAAAAAAAAGGGUAGAAAAAUGUUUUACGUCUGUACAAUGUUCGUCUGCCUGACCAAAAUUUCACAGGUUUAGAGGGAGGGAUGUAGACUCUGGAUCUGGGCGUGCUUUGAAAAUAGGCGAAAAACGACAUAAUGAUAAUUCUAUUAUUUGUCCUUGUUCUGCAUUGUUGGUCACGUGAAUAAGAAAUGCAUGCAUGUUUCUUUUUUUCCUAAAUAAAAAAAAAAAAAGAUCAAAUUAAAACUUUAUUUUGUUACACUG